AUGUCGUGGGACUUGCUGCAGAGGUUCCUCGAGAGUGAUGUCUUCAACCAGAACCCUUUCCUCUCGGUCUCGUAUCUAUCACGAUACGCGGACCACGUCGGCAUCCACUAUGUGCUCUGCUCGAAACUCCGCCAGUUUCCGUACGAGGACAUUGAGUUCUUCCUGCCGCAGCUAUGCCACCUCAUAUUGAGCAUUGACAAUGAAUCCAUGGCAUUGGAGGAGUUCUUGUUGGACCUGUGCGAGGAAUCCGUCACCGCCGCUCUUUUGACCUUUUGGCUGUUCCAAACAUACCUUCACGAUCUGGCAUCCACGCCACAGGCACAAGCAUUCAAGACAUGUAGGAGGGUGUACAACAAAGUCCAACACAUUGUGUUUGGGCUGUCAGACUCGGCGCGUAGCGAGAAGAUUAAAGAGAAUAUCCUUCCGGUGACAGUCCUAGCCAGCUUCGUUCUAGGAAGUAUAGGCGUCCCACUGCUACCACAAUGGGCCGGUCCAUUGGCUGUUGCGCAGGCUCGAAGAGAUACACCAACGGAAGGCGAUGUCAUAUCCGAAGCGAGCCAGGCGGUGAAGAUCACGAGGAGUCAGACUGUAUCCCCGCAGACCACGAGAUCCAAACGGCGCGACACGAAUCGGGUGCCCAGCACACCCAUCACUUCUCAAGAGGCCAAGGUUUUGAAAGAGCAGCAGCAGCAGUCGCCAGAAUCACCGCGUGUCACAUUAUCACGCCCGCCAUCUUCCGGGUCCCCGAAAGCAGCAACCGAAAAGCCACGGAAACCCGACUUUAUAGAUAGUAAGAUAUUGGACGCACGGCUUAGUUCUUCGUCUCUUCCCUUACCAGAUGUACGGUCCCCGAAGACAGGCACGCGCCCCGCCACGCCCAUCUCUGCCGGACUACCUCGACCUGGCGAAAGCCUUUCGCGUCGCCACUCCCACCAUAUCAAGACCUUGAUGACUCAAGCGGAAAUGAGCUCAGUGCAGAAGGGCAAGCUGCUACGACAAAAUUACUUUCGCUGCCAAACAGCCUUUUUGACAGCACUGGAGGGUAUAUCGAAUCGUCUGGUGAUUGUACCCAAGCAAGCACGUCUUAGUGCUUUGCGGGCUGAACUUGCGCUCAUUACUAGAGACCUGCCAGCGGAAAUCGAUAUUCCAAUCAUCUGCCCGCCUACGUUGGUCGGGGGUUCUCCGUCCAAGAGUCGACACCAUCGCAUUGUAAGAGUGAAUCCGGGCGAGAGCACAGUCCUAAACAGUGCGGAAAAGGUGCCAUAUCUGCUCAUGGUAGAGAUUCUUCGGGAUGACUUCACGUUUGAUCCGGAAUCCCCCGACAACCAACGGCUUAUUACCACGCUUCUGGUGGAACAAGGAAGCCGUAAACGGUUAUUUGAUUUGUCCGACGCCCCGCGAACAUCAACCAGCGAUCGGGCUCUCGAUUCAAGCUCAGAAAAGGUGGACAGUGUUUUUGAGCCAAGCUCAGGCGACCUUGGUAGCUCGCCCAUGGUCAAACCCAUCGAUGAUGAAACUGCAAACAAGAAGAAUGGCAAACUGCCGGCCAAACCUCACCGGGUACCAAGCGGCACGACAACACUCUCCAACUUGUCCGAGUUGACUCUGACAACCCCGCGAACGUCUGCGACUUCGACAUCGAGGUCGAGUAGUCCGGGUGGGUUGAGACGAAUGACCUUGACCAACCCAAGGAACAAUUCCGUGGAGCAGCCAGAUUUUGGAGCAUUAGCAACGCAUAUGCGAACGGCUUCGCAGAUGCUAGCGCAGUUGGAAGCUACGAGUGGUAAACGACCUAAGCACGAGGUUGCAUCUAUCAGAGCCAAGAUCAUUGCAAGCAUGCAAAAUCUGGAGGAGCAAAACUUUGAUGUCAAUGAUGCCCAGGGGCCUACGUUUGAUAUGAUUAUUGCGCGCACAAGCGUUGCGAACGCAGCUGCCGAGGUUGCGGCGGAUAUUGAACAGGAGCUAGAACCCGGCUUGAAUGAGAGCGCAGGUCAGGCUCGUAUGGAGAAUGAUGCAAUGACGGGUGGUGUCAGGCGGAAAGGAGACCGCGACGAUCCCAGCGCAGCAGUUUUUGGUGAAGCUUGGGAACAGAAGAAGGAGCGCAUUCGAAAAUCCUCGCCGUACGGGUGGAUGAAGAAUUGGGAUCUAAUCAGCGUAAUUGUCAAGACAGGGGCAGACUUGAGACAAGAGGCUUUCGCAUGCCAGCUGAUCCAGGUCUGCGACAAGAUUUGGAUAGAUGCAGGUGUACCAGUCUGGGUGAAACUCAUGCGGAUAUUGGUCACUGGCGAGUCAUCGGGUUUGAUCGAGACCAUCACGAAUGGCGUGUCGCUUCACUCCUUGAAGAGGAGUUUGACACUUGCGUCAAUCGAGUCUGGACAAAACCCCAGACGUCGCAUCGCCACUUUGAAAGAUCACUUUGUCAAAACGUUUGGCGCUGUUGAUAGCGAGCCAUAUAAGGCCGCCGUGGACGCUUUCAAGCGCUCACUUGCCGCCUAUAGCAUGAUCUCGUAUAUUCUCCAGCUCAAGGAUCGACACAAUGGCAAUGUCCUUAUCGACAAUGAAGGGCACAUCGUGCACAUUGACUUUGGCUUCAUGUUGUCCAAUUCUCCCGGCUCAGUCGGGUUCGAAGCGGCGCCUUUUAAAUUUACAUACGAAUAUCUCGACGUGCUUGGAGGUGUAGGAUCACCUGAUUAUGAGGAUUUCAAGAAACUCUGCAAGCAGGCAUUCCAAGCUCUACGACGAUCUGCGGACAACAUCAUCGAUCUCGUUAGCAUGAUGGGCCGUGAUUCCAAGAUGCCGUGCUUCGCUGUCGGAAUCACCACGGUAACCGCAACCUUGAGACAACGUUUCCAGCUUCAUCUCAGUGCCGAGGAGGCCGAGAAUUUUGUCGAGACGGAUCUGGUUGCCAAGUCCUUGGGUAGUUACUACACACGACUUUAUGAUACUUUCCAAUACCGUACGCAGGGUAUAUACUAG